AUGUGUCACGCAGACGUGAAUUGGGUUGACAGCUUACCACUUGUUCUCCUCGGCAUUAGGUCAGCGUUCAAGGAGGACUUGAAUGCUUCCUCUGCUGAACUGGUAUAUGGCGAACCAUUACGUCUACCAGGCGAAUUCUUUCAAUCAGCAGCGCCAGAUUCAACCGAUAUUACGGAUUUUUCCACCCGUCUCCGGCAAUUCGCGGCAAAGUUGCAACCAUCUCCCGCAACACACCAUAAGAAGGACAGGAUCUUUAUUUAUAAAGACUUGGCAUCCUCGAGUCAUGUCUUUCUGCGCGACGACUCGGUGCGAGGCGCUUUACAGCCUCCUUACUCUGGACCGUAUGAAGUACUCGAACGCGGAGAUAAGAUAUUUAAGUUACUGGUUAAAGGCAAACCGGUCACAGUAUCUAUAGACCGACUCAAACCGGCCUACAUACUGGCAGACCCAUCCACAACACCUCAAACUAUUACCGAUCCUACUCCCAUCCUUCUACCUAUCCCGGUUCCUAUGCAGACAGAUAUACCAGCUCAGGAUACCGCCAAAAAGACGCGCUCAGGACGCGUAGUUCGAUUCCCUGACUAUUAUCGCCCGUAG